AUGGCGGAAGAGUACAUGGACUUUGACCGGUUCAUCGAAACCUUUGAACUGAAGCUCGACAAAGAGUUUGAUUGCGACGACGUGGCAGCAUCAUGGGCUCCCUCAGCCAACGGCGGCCCUCAACUUUGGGGAGACGAGCGUGAUGCAUUCGAGCUGAGUAAAGACGACCCCAUGUCAGAACAGGCUGAGAAGUCGAGCGCCGAGCUGGCAAUGAGUCCAGAGGGCAAGUUCAUCGCAGUGGCGACCAACGCCGUCAUUCGAAUCUACGCUGUCGAGUCAAAAGUAUUGACGGCCGAGUUUCGCGGACACGAAGAGACGGUCCAAGCCAUCCACUUUUGGAAAAUGCCCGGCGACGACGCCAAAGACGCCCACUACGUGGUUCUUUCUCAAGACUCCGAGGUUGUCGGCGCUGAUGGCGUCAUCAUUGCGUGGUACCUCGAUGGGGAUGGAAAACGGGUUGGUGAUGCAGAAAGUAAGAUUCAGUUCGAAGGUAGGUUCCUCUCGGGAACCGCACACGCUCUGCGCUGCGACGGGGCUCAGUUCGUGCAUUCGGAUCGAAGCGUAACAACGCAGGGCUGGUCACGACCAAGUGACUGGCUCCCGCAGCUCGUCAUUCGCUCGCUCUCCGAUCCUCUCACCGAAGUCUGCCGACUCAAAGGCCACCAAGACUCCAUCAAAUGGGCUGCGUGGUCACCCACCGACCCCAACGUCAUUGCAUCGGCAUCGUGGGAUGCGAGCUGUCGAAUCUGGAACGCUGCGACGGGAGAAUGCAUCCACAACGUGCAGGGCGCCGACGGACAGAACUGGACGGGUGACUUUUCCCCCAACGGAGAACAGAUUGUGUUUGCCGGCAGCAACCGAAGCGGCGCGCCACACAUUGCAGUCUACAGCGUUGCGACCGGCCACAUCAUUCUGCAAGCUGAGAUGCCCGGUCUCGGGGGCCUGCCUACACCACUCACAUGGUCUCCCAACGGCGACGUGAUUGCCCUCGUGGUCAAUCGCUCUGUCCUCCUGUGGGAUGUUGCCACGAACAAGACCACAGAAGUCGUCAAGGUGCACAGCGACGGCAGUCUGCGCGAUGAUUUUUGCGACAUUACGAGCCUCAGGUGGCUUGAUCGACAGGGCAGCAGGCUUCUUGCCCGCCUCACUGACCAUACCGUGCUUGUCUGGGACCGGCAGCGCAACUGCAAGUGGAGGCUCCGGCGGCCACCGGGACUGCAGCAGUUGGCGACGCUGUCGAGUGCAGAGGCCUUUGUGGAAGAGAAGAACGAGCUGCUUUGUCUCGACGGAGACUGGCGGCUGCGCACUUGGGGACUGGAAUGA